UAAAUUAAAAAAAAAAACGAUUUGAUUUUAACCAGAAUAAAAAACUAGAAAAUAUGUCAUCUGCGGACGACUCCUUAUAUCCCAUAGCCAUGCUUAUCGAUCAGUUGAACAACGACGAUUUGCAAGUGCGCCUAAACUCCAUCAAGAAGCUGUCCACCAUUGCUCAGGCCUUGGGCGAGGAGCGUACUCGUUCCGAGCUGAUACCCUUCCUCACCGAGGCCAUCUACGAUGUUGAGGUCUUGCUGGCUCUGGCUGAUCAACUGGGAAAGUUCACAAGUCUCGUGGGCGGUCCCGGAUUUGCCAUGUACUUGCUUCCACCCCUCGAGAGUUUGGCCACUGUCGAGGAGAGCGUGGUGCGAGACAAGGCCGUCGAAUCUCUGCGCACCGUGGCAGCUGAGCACAGCGCCCAGGAUUUGGAGAUCCAUGUGGUUCCGACACUACAACGUUUCGUCUCGAACGAUUGGAUCCCGUCGCGCACCUCGGCCUGCGCCCUAUUCUCGGUCUGCUAUCCUCGUGUCCCUCAUUCCGUGAAGGCAGAACUGCGCGCCAGCUUCCUUAAGCUGUGCCACGACGGGACGGCCAUGGUGCGACGAGCGGCGGCCAGUAAGCUGGGCGAGUUCUGCAAGGUCGUGGAGACUGAGUACCUCAAGUCGGACCUGAUCCCCAGCCUUGUGCAGUUGGCUAAUGAUGAGCAGGACUCUGUUCGUCUGCUGGUCGUUGAAGCUUGCGUCGGCAUUGCCCAGAUUCUGCCGCAGGACGAUGUGGAAAAUCUGGUCUUGCCCACACUGCGUCAGUGCGCCAGCGACUCGUCGUGGCGCGUGCGCUGUAUGGUCGCCGAUCAGUUGGUGGACUUGCAGAUGGCGGUGGGUCCGGAGAUUACUGAAGUCUGCCUGCUGACAACCUUCGAGUGUUUGCUCAAGGAUGAAGAGGCUGAGGUACGCGCUGCUAUGGCCUCUAAGGUUAGGGAUUUCUGUGCUAAUCUAACAAAGGCCAACCAGGUGCAGCUCAUACUCAGCUGCAUUUUGCCCUGUGUUCGCGAGCUGGUCUCGGAUCUGAAUUCGCAUGUCAGGUCGGCUCUGGCCUCGGUCAUCAUGGGACUAAGUCCCAUACUUGGGGCCUACGAAACCAUGCAGCACUUGCUCCACCUAUUCCUCAUUCAACUCGGCGACAACUGCCCGGAAGUGCGGAUGAACAUUGUCUCCAAUUUGCACAGCAUCAACGACAUCAUUGGCAUCCAGCAGGUGUCGGAGUCGCUGCUGCCCGCAAUCAUUGAGCUGGCCGAAGAUUCCAAGUGGCGGGUGCGACUGGCCAUCGUUGAGUACAUGCCCGCUCUGGCCGGUGAGCUGGGACCGAAGUUCUUUGACCAGAAGCUGAGCCAUCUGUGCCAGCGCUGGCUCAAUGAUCAUGUGUUUGCCAUUCGCGAGGCUGCCGUUUUGAACAUGAAGAAAUUGGUUGAGCUGUUCGGAGCUCCCUGGGCGGAGCAGGCCAUUAUUCCCAUGAUCCUGGGUAUGUCGGAUAACAUGAACUAUUUGCACAGAAUAACCUGCUUGUUCGGCCUGAGCGUUUUGGUCGAGGUCUGCGGCACAGAUAUGACCGCCAGACUGCUGCUGCCCACAAUUAUCCUACUCGCCGACGAUCCCAUUGCCAAUGUUCGUUUUAAUGUGGCAAAAACCCUGCAGAAGAUCUCCCCCUUCCUGGAGGGCACUGUCAUAGAGGUGCUAGUGAAGCCAACUCUUGACAAACUGAACGUGGACACGGAUGCGGACGUCAAGUAUUUUGCGGCUCAGGCUAUUGCCGGUAUAGCAGCAGCUUAAUCAAUGGUUUCAUCUUAUUUUAUUAUAUUUUUAAACUGAAU